AGGUAAAUGAUCAAAAUGCCAGGGCAUUUACAAAUCCGAUCCUAUCACAGUCCAGACUAUGAGGAAUGCAGAGAGAUCUUUUCUCAAGGGAUGCAGCAACUUAUCAGCAUUACCACCUAUCUCAUUUUUUCAAAUCUGUUCUGGUACAUUACCAUGGUAACCAUUUUUGCUGUCAUGGCCUCUUUCAAGUGGUCUAUCUUGCCUUUGGUAGCAUGUUUGUUCCUCUCUCUUAUUUUAUGGGCUCUUUUGUAUGUCGUCAUCUACCUUCAAAUAUGGAAGAUCAUCAACUAUUGCUUAAAAACAGACUUGUUGGACAUUGAAAAGACCUACAUGUCUAACAAAGGCUGUCACAUUUGGGUUGCUGAAUGGAAUGGUCAAGUUGUAGGAAUGGUGGGACUCAUUCAGAAUGAAGACCACAAACCAGGAAUAGCAGAGCUUCAGAGAAUGUCUGUCUCCAAAACUUGUCGAAAAAUGGGAGUCGCAAGCAAAUUGCUUGAAGAACUUCUCAAGCAUUCCAGGCAGCAGGGUCUUGAGAAAAUUGUUUUGAAAACUUCAAAUGCUCAAGGACCAGCUGUCAGACUCUAUAGGAAGUUUGGUUUUAAGCUUAUAGAAGGAAAACCUUUCAUUCCCAACUUCAUCUUUAAAAGUCUGAUAAUAAUGUCUUUUGAACUUGAACUCUGAUAGAUUCAAAACACAAGGUUUAAAAGUGCAGGUUGCAAGUUCAAUUACAUCUUCAGGUUAAGUUCCUUUACUCCAAGCCAUUUUCUUAAGUAGCAAUUCAGACAAAAUUUUUUAGGUUAUAAGGAAAAGACUUGAAGGUGACUUGGGUCAAAUUCUUGAUUCCUCCAUGAAUCCUUGAAUCCUUUGUGGUUCUCAGCUAAGCUGGCCUAAUUCAUUCAAGGUUAAACUUUGAAACAAGAAUUAAACAUAACAGGAAAAUUAUAUCAAAAAAAUAACAAGAAAAGUAUAUCAAAAAAAUUUCUGUGUUUAAUCUAUGCGAAAACAGUCAACAUAGCUAUA